GCUGGCCCCCAGACACCAACUCUCUCAAGGCUCCAAUCUGGAAAGAUGCAGGCCGGUGGUACCUGCCCAACGGAACGAACGGAGGCAGGCGGGGUCAGACGGGGCCAGAAGCUGCAGUGUGGCCGCUGCCAGUCCUCCAAGCCCUGGGUUAAAGCUUCCUCUCCCUUGAAAAGGCCUUGGACUUGGGUGGGUGGCAGGCCCCUUCCAGCUGCCUUCCUGCCCUCCCUCCCUCUCUCUGGUUCUGCCCAGCCCCUGCCAAUCUAUGAACCUCCCAAGAGCCUCUGCAGCCCCUGAGUCCCCUGGGAGGCCCUGGGCAGAGCAGUAAGGAAUCCCGGAAGCCCCUCUGAGGGAGACCUCUCCAGACACCCCCAGGAAGAGAUCACCACAAACCCAGGUGCAGGAGCCCCUCAUGGAGCCCCCCAGCACGCAGCCCCUGCAAGAGGUCCCCAGGGCAGAAGAGUCCCCGCCUGAGGACUCUGGCCUGCAGAUGGGGGCUGGCACGCACAUUCUCUACGUGGGCCACCUGAACCCCCAGUUCUCAGUGCCUGUGCUCACCUGCCUGCUGCGAGAUGCCCUGGAGCGGCUGGAGCUGCCGGUGGCGCGGGAGCACAUCGAGGUGGUCAGGCGACCUCGGAAUGCCUACGCGCUGGUGCACGUGAGCGCCAACAGGGACAGCCUGGCCUCCCUGCCCUCGCGCCUGCAGAUGGCCAUGGAGGAACACCAGAUCCUCAAGGAGCUGGCAGCCCGCGGGAAGGAGCUGGUGUUGGGUGACGGCCAGGGGCCCCCGAGCCGCAGACAGCAGGAAGAGGACAGCAGCUCGAGCCCCAACCUCAGCCCUGCCAACAGCCCCCGGGCACCGGCCCUUGUGAGGUCCCAGGACCGGCCCAGCAGCACGCGCUCCGACAGCGCCAUCGGGCACCAGGAGAUCCUAGGCCAGGAGCGCCUGUUUCAGGGCGCCUUCUUGGGCUGUGAGACGCGCAGCGUGGAGUUCAAGCGCGGAGGCGGCGAGUACCUGAGUCUGGCCUUCAAGCACCACCUGCGGCGCUACGUGUGCGCCUUCCUCAACAGCGAGGGCGGCAGCCUGUUUGUGGGUGUGGAGGACAGCGGCCUGGUGCAGGGCGUCCCCUGCAGCCACCACGAUGAGGACCGCGUGCGCCUGCUGGUGGACUCCAUCCUUCAGAGUUUCCAGCCUCAGGUCUUCCCCGACGCCUACACGCUCUCCUUCAUCCCCGUGGUCAGCACCUCUGCCUCCAGCACCCCCCUCAAGGUGAUCCGCCUAAGCGUGCAUGCCCCCAGGGCCCAGACCGAGCCACGGCUCUAUGAGACUGACCAAGGGGAGGUGUUCUUGCGGCGGGACGGGAGCAUCCAGGGCCCACUCUCCGGCCACGCCAUCCAGGAGUGGUGCAAGCAGAAAUGGGCGGCGGAGCUGAGCACGCUGCAGGAGAGGGUGAAGGUGCUGACGGCCGAGAAGGAGCAGCUCCAGCGACAGCUGGAGCAGCAAGCACCCGUCUCCGGCACCUGCUGCGUCCUGUGAGGGCUCCGGGCCCCCGGAGGCCAGCUCCACCUGGCAGGUGCAGGGUUUCCUAUCGGAGCCGCAGUCCUCCCAAGACCUGUCCGGGCUGUCCAGAGGUGGAUGGGAGCGUGACCACCCUCGGCCCUUCAACAACUGCACACACACGGGCUUCGAUCCUAAGCAGACCCCCGUGUUGGUAGCUGCGAGACUGCUCUCAGCCUGAUCCCCAAGGAACCUUACUGCCAGAAAGAACUGGUGAAAACCUGGCCAGAGCGAUCGGAGGGCUGAGCUGCAAGGGACUGUCCUACUUCCUCAGAAGCUCUGUUGGCCCAACCUGGGGUCUAUGACAAGACAGGGCCAGAAAGGAAUGUGUCAUUUGGGGAGAGCCCUUCUGCAGAUGGCCAGGCAUGCUCAGUAACAGUGUCUGUGGGGCAGACAGGCCACCCUGCAGCCACCACCCCAGACUUGCUGGAAUCUGCGGUUGUCAGAGUUCAUUAAUAAAUGCACCUGGGGCAAGAA